AUAGCUGCUGCUAGUGACGAACUUGUUAAUCGAGCCUGUUUUUGCGUGGUUGUUUUUCAAUUUGUAUGAUUUUUGCUUACCCUAGAAUACAACAGAUGGCUAAUCAUCAAGAAUCUACUAUUAAUGACGCAGAGGGCUAUGUGAUCGCUCUAAAGAAACGAUAUCUGGACUUCUACACAUCUCACAGUUAUUACUUGACUGAGGACUCUAUACCACUACCUGAGUCUCAGCUCACACCACUACCCGAAGCUAGGGUUAAGUCUACUGCUUGUUCCAGUUCAGCAAGUGUAGAAGCUGGCUCCUGUAGAGACUCCAACCGAUCCAAUAGAGACUCUAACAUUUCUGCUGGAUCCAGUAGAAGGACGAGGAGGAAGAGCUAUGAGUUAAUGGUUGCAUUAAAUGGAGGAAGAAGCGAGCAGGGAACGUUAGAUAAAAGACGCACACCUUGGUUGUCACCGGGUGAGGUGCGUGUAACUAAAGGUGUCAUAACACCUUGUGGUGGUGCUGUGAGAGGGGAAUCACCCGGUGUUGUGAUAACCACACCACACCCUCCUGAGGUGCUACCAGAUCCUGAUAAACUGUUCCCGGACCCUGAUAAACUGCUACCAGACUCUGAUGACAGAGCGUCCCCAGUAUCCUUCACCACCUCACCCCCACGACAUCUUGAUAUCGUCUCUCCAGCUCCCAGUUCCGAGUCUAAUAAAAGGGUGCCUCCCAAGACAGCUGUAAAGAGGCGUGGUCUCCCUGAUAUCACCCUCUGCCCCAGCCUAGAGACACCACUAUCCAGUGAUGGCAGUACUGUGAAGCUGUCAGAUAGCACCCCGUGUGACUCAGUCUUCAACUCUCCUGAACCUGUUCAGAACACUGGUCGGUAUCCAGUGUAUGUGAACUGUAAAAGAAGCUAUCUGAGUCCUAAUUUGGGUUAUUCUGCGCUGGAUUAUCUGAGAUUACCUUCAAAACCCUUCCCUAAACGGGGCCCUGCUCCGUUCUCACAAGUCAAAUACACUGAAGCAAUGUCAGACUUUCCCAAGCUCAUGGAACUCGAUGAAAAGGCUGUGAUCAGAAAUUAUAAAGGAAAAGAAAACUUAAGAUCUGGUGCAAGAUCGCGACCAGUUUCCGCUUAUGAAUUUUUCAAAAAGUCUCACAUAGUGGAAAAUGUUGGAAACUGUCAGAGGUCGAAGAGCACCGAUUUUCCGAGGAAAAAUCAGCUGAAACGGCCAAUCAAUCGCAAAUCAAACGACAUGUCAAACCACCAUCAAAUGAAACGGCAAAUACCCUUGAAACCAAAUAAAUUUAAAAGGACCUGGGCCAGCUCCAGCGACUACAACACCAUCCCUCCCAAAGAUAGGAGUCUGACUCGCUCCAAAAGUUGCUGUUCGUCCAGAACAAGUAAAGUUAGUUCUGGUUCCGAAGGAGCGAGGAAUUACAGAGGGAGAGAAUCCAAACAUAAAGUGUUUAGAAUGGACAAGGACUGCCAGCUUCUCUUCCCCAAUUUUACAGACUUUAGCCCGUACGUUGGAUCCCUGACAGUUCGCCGGGAUAAGCGCCGCCGCCCCGAUAUCAGGAAAGAGACAGGGCUGUUCUCGCCCCGCCGAGCUGAGAACUCCUCCCUGCUGUCCCCUAAACGGGACCCUAACUUAUCCUCCUCCGCAAACAGCCUUGAGUCGCACCCUCUAAAGAGAAGCAAUACGAUAUGUACUAGUGGGGACGUGCAAGCGUAUCUUAGAAGCAAAUGUAACCGAGAGUUUGCUGCAUCACGUGACGGUUCCGACUCCAUGUCCUUCAAACGACACAGUAAGAGUACUUUUGACAGCGGGUUCGAGUCCGGACUCAGCGAUAUACUCGAUGAGAUACUGGGAGGUGGCCAGUAUGAUCCGGUCCUGGAGGAAUCAAUGCCUAAGACGAAGUGGCAGUCUUUCAAAGGGAAGCUAACGGAGGCUUUCCACAAAUCUAAACGGAACGAAUUGAACGACGCCAUGUCUGACAACUCGGAUAUCAAGUCUACGAAGUGGGACAAAGUCUCACAGUUCGUCAAAGUGAAGAUCGCCAAGGUUUCAAACCAGGACCUUGACAUGGGAGGAUUUGAAGAUAAUCAAUGGAGAUCCCUAGAACCACGACAAUUUCAUCGAGGAACUCGCAGAACCCAAUCUUUCGUUAAGUGGAACAGGGCUAGGGAACGAUAAGCAAAGUAGGAUUCAUUUCUCGGGAGGGAUGACCUUGUUUUGUGGAAACUUGUUUAGAAUGGUUAUGAAGAGACUGAUUUACUGAUUAACCUGUUGUUUUAUUUAAAACUGUUUUAAUGUUUGGAAGGGGUCUUUGCUCGGAAAUUUAUCGACCUUUAGAGACAACGUAAUUAUUUCUUUCGUGAACUCCAUUUAUCGCAUUUCUGAUUUGAAUUUUUACGGAUGUACAUGUUUUUCUUUUAAUUUUAUAAAAGAUAUUUAACUUAAAGUUUAUGUUUUUACGGGCUGAGAUGACAUUUUUGAAGUUUGCUGUUGCAAUCUCAUUUGACGUUGAGUGCGACUUGCAGGUUUCAUUUUCUGAUUUGUUGCCAAAUAUCUUGUUCUGAGUUAACGAGUAUUUGACAUAAUUAAGUUGCUUAAGUUAAUAUAUUUGUACAGACAUUUUCAAAAACAUUAUGCAUGCAGUAAAAUUGAUACUUGCUUCCAAAAGCUCUGUAUUUAUAUAAUUCUGCGUUUUGAUCAAAA